AUGUCGACCAAUGAGAGCUCGGAGUCAGGCUGCAGGUCAGAGGUCAGACCCGACAGCAGCACCUGCAACCAGAGCGCACACUCCAUCACGUCGUCCAUCAUCACCAUGACUGUGGGCAUCUUCUCCAACAGCCUCGCCAUCUUCAUCCUGGUCAAAUCCUACAAGCGCAUCCGCAGCAAGUCCAGGGCGUCCUUCCUGCUGUUCGCCAGCAGCCUGGUGGUCACCGACCUGCUGGGUCACCUCAUCAACGGCACCAUGGUGAUGUUUGUCUACAGCUCUCAAAAGAAUUGGGAGUCGUUUGACCCUCACAGCAUCGUGUGCAGCGCCUUCGGGGCGUGCCUGGUGUUCUUCGGCCUGAGUCCCUUGUUCCUGGGGAGUGUCAUGGCGGUGGAGCGCUGCAUCGGGGUCACCAGGCCCAUCUUCUCCACGGUGCUGGCUCCCCACCACAUGAAGAGGCUGCUGGGUCUCACUUGGCCACUCGCCGCCCUGGUGGCCGCUCUGCCGCUGCCGUGGAGGCGCUACAAGGUUCAGAGCUCCAGGAGCUUUUGCUUCUUCCACAUGGAGGGACCUGAAGACUGGCUGGACAUAUUCCUGCCUCUGCUCUUCUCCAUGCUCGGGCUGCUGGCCCUGCUGCUCUCCAUUGUGUGCAAUACUCUGACAAGCUGCACCCUGCUGCAGGCCAGACUCCGCCGCAAGCAUCACUGCAGAGGCACCUCUUACCACAUAGAGAUGAUCUGCCAGCUCCUGGCCAUCAUGUUGGUGUCCUGCGUCUGCUGGGGCCCGUUGCUGAUUCACGUCUUCAUCCUCAGCACCAGAGCCAGAGAAGAGAGCGCGUCGUUCACUCUGCUGAUGCUGAUACGCGUGGCCACGUGGAACCAGAUCCUGGACCCCUGGGUGUACAUCCUGCUGAGGAGGGCCGUGCUGAGGAAAAUCUUCACCUUGUUCCGCUGCUGCGCAAAAUCUCCCAACCCUCCCCACUGGCAGUGCACCAUCCUCCGCAGCUCGGCGGACACCAGCAACUCCGGUAUCGGAGCGGCUGACUGCCGCUGCCACGGCCGAUUGCCUCCUCCGGAUACUGUGAUCAGAACAAUCACCUGA